AUGGGGAAAAUCACAAAAUCUGAUCGAGACCAAGUUCGAAAUGUUCUCGGAGCCGGCGGAUGGACUGUCUAUUACGGCGAUGAGCUCGAAUUAUGGGAACAAGUUCUCGGCGCACUCUCUACGGUUCUAGGCGGCGCCGGCAUCGUGGCCUGGAUUGAAUGGCAGCUCACUGCCCAACUCGCUAAAUUUGGGCAAAAGCUAGAUGACCUUGCCGAAGACCUGCUUGACCAAGUGAUCAACAUUCUGGAAGAUUGCAUCACCAAUGGCAAGAGUGGUGAAUGGAAUAUCGGCGGCGUUGGGAUCAAGGUUGGGGGGGCCACUUAUCACCACUGGUGGAAAAUCCCAGGGCUCACUGGUUGGAACAAACUUCCCAAUACCUACCAGCCAUAUAUUGGUUUCCGCAUUGCAGGUCCGCUGCCCACGAAAACGGAAUCACCCAAUGUUCAGACGGAGACAAUCCAAGGCCCAAUCAAGCUUUCUAAGACCCUUCCUACUCCAGCCCCGAAAGAAGAUCCCUUCCCAAAUAUCUGA